UUUGUCCAAAAGAAAAAAAAAUUGUAUGUGGGAGUAAAUAAAGAUUAAUUCAUUUCCUUUCAUCACUCACUUGCCACUCAAGCAAAUAACUUCCCGUCAUCUCCAAUUUCUCAUCUCUCAGACUCGCAGUCGCCGCACAACCAGUACCCCUGCAUCACCGCACCGCCACACCACCGCGCGACGUUCUCCAACCCUCCGUCCACUCCUUUCGUAGUCGCACUUCGCACUAUCCUCCUCUCUCCAUCCAGUCUCUGUCCUCUCUCAGUCUCUCCUACGCACCUUUUCAUUUAUACAGCAGGUUUCAGAAUUGCCAAGGAACUGCAAAAGGGGGUUAAACGGAUUGCCAGAGAUGAUAUUAACAUCUCUGAUAAAGACCAGGAAAUGAACCACUCAAGUGAGUCUCUAUUUAAUGUCAAGGAACUUGAUGAUAAAGAGCAGCAAUGUGCACCACCAAUUUCACCAGAAUGUACCCUGCCACAGGAUAUUUCAUCUGAGAAACUUUUAUAUGGAUCCUUAAAUUUUCGCGAACAUUGUGAAGAUUUAACUUCAAAAUCCACUUCUGAUGUUCAUGGUCAGGUCAUGAAUUCAACUGGUGAUGCUGAAUGCUUCUUGCUCAACCAUAUAGAGAAAAAUGAUUCUCCGCUUGCUGAUAAUUUAAGUGCACCUUGUGCUGCUGUAGCUGUUGAAGCCAAUAAUUCAAAGAUGUGCUCUGAACUUAUCAAGGGUGGCAGCCCAAUUAGGCUUCUUCAAGACUAUGCUUCCGAUGACUGCUCAGAAGAUGAUCAACUCUUGCAUGAACACAAUAAAUCCUUGCCAUCAUUUAUAGAAGGCGCUUCAAUUCAUAGUAAAGAUACUAGUAGUUGUCUGGAGAAAGAAAUGGGUCCAAAGAGCCAGCAAUGCAUUGGAGAAAAUGAAAAGGGGUCUGGACACCUAUCUGAAUCCAGCCUGUCCCAUAAGGCUGCAGAUUGUUCCCAAGAUUUGCAAGGAGAGGUAAAGGAUGCUGAUAUGGUAUAUAUCACAACUGGAAGAGCUGAUGGAUGGAUAGAUAACGACCCUGGAAGCAAAAGGCCUGCUACAGAUGCUACUUCUUGUGUAGAUUUUCAGAGGAAAGCUAUCUUGGAUGUUGCAGAUGGUCAUGUUAUUUCUAAGAGGGCUAAGAAUAAAGAAAAUGAGGAGAAAAAGGAAAAGCUUGAAUCAGCUUCUUUGAAAGUGGAUGAGUUUGGGAGAUUAUUUAGAGAAAGUUCCAGUGAUAGUAACUCGGAUUCAGCCUAUCCUAACAGGCACAGUAGAAGAGGAAAGAGAGGCAGAAGUCGGAGUCAUAGUCGAUCACCUCUAGAUAAGAGGACAAGGAGGAGUUCAUGGCGGAGAAAAGAGAAACGAAGUCGAUCACGCAGCUGGUCUCCUAGGAAGCGAAGAAGCAGGAGCCGAUCUCCCCCAUAUAGGCGUGCCAGUGAACUCAUUGGGGAGAAAUUGAGAUCAGACAGGGGUCGCAUUCCAGAUUGCUUUGAUUUCCUCCGGGGCAGGUGCAAUCGAGGAGCAUCCUGUCGAUACAUGCAUCCUGGAGUGGACAAAAGUGACAGUUCAAGACGCAAUAGGAGCAAUCAAAAGAAUCUAGAAGUUUCAUCCAAUACAAAGAAGUAUAAGAGAGAUGACAAAACUAAGAAGUUCCUUGCAGAACGAGUCAGCAAUGAAGCCCAAAUUCAAGAGGAGCAAGACGGAAAAGUUGAUGGGAAAAGGAAAGACAUUCGUAUGGACUCUCAAUCUAUUACUUUGGAUCACAAUGAUCAUUUGAUUAGUUCUGGUAUGGUUAAAUGUUGUAGCCCAGGCAAGGUAGCUGGAACACUGUUGGAGAAGCAAAUAAUUCAAGAAAACUCAGCUGAGCCAAACCCACAGAUCCUUGAUCAUAGAACAUUUAUGGAGUCUCACCAGCAAUCGUCAGUUGAAAUUCUUCCCUCCCAAUUUGUUAGUGGUACUAACAUUUUGAAUCCAUGUGAUGAUACUUCCCAGGACGUGGUACCUUUGGUGAAAACCUUUAUCCACCAGUCCCAUAGCAGUGCUUCAGUUGCAGAAGUUCAAAAUAAUGAUUACCCAUCUCUUCAAAUGGAUGAUUCAUUUGUGUUUGAUGCAUCACCAACCCAUGCAUCCUCAAUUUCUCCAAAGAAGUUAUCUAACAGUGAUUUAUUUCCAAUUAAAGUCCUACCAACUCAGUCAUUGCCCACUGCAAUUUCAUGUCAAGCACAUUUGUCUGAACCCGCAACCUUUCCAUAUCCUGCUCCUAAAGUGUUAUCUUCUUCUAACUAUUCUGGUCCACCUAAUCAACACCAGUCCUCUCAGCAACCCCUUCUCCCUCCCCCUUCUCUUCCUCCCCUUCCCCUUCCCCCUCCCCCUCCCCCUCCCCCUUCUCUUCCUCCUCCUCCACCCCUUUCUCCCUCUUCUCUUACCCUUCCCCCUCCACCACCCACACCCCCUCCCCCUCCCCCACCUCCCUUUUCUCUUCCUCCCCCUCCUCCUUCUCUUCCCCCUCCCCCUCUGCCACCACCACCUACACAAAGUGUCAAUGCUCUUCAUAUGCCACACUUGCCUAUGGAUUACAACUUGACGCCACAAGUUGCAUCUUAUGCAUUGCAAUCUGCUCAUGUAAGAAAUCCUCAUACAUAUCAUCAGGCUUCCUUGGCCAACCAACAUCCACCAUUUUCAAUUCCACAAAGUUCCUCUUGGACCUCCUUGCCACCACCAACUCCUCGGCCAUCCUAUGAUAUGCACUUCAGUACAGCAUUUGCAACACCUGGUGUCUCUUCUCAGUUUCAGCACAAUCAUUUUCCUCCACGGAACAAUUUUGGUUCUCAAAUGUCAGUUAUGCCUUACCCUUCUGAAUUCUGUUCCAAUUCUCAGGUCAGUAGUGAGUUUGUGCACCAAGUUUACCCUUCAAUGCAGGAGCUUCAUCAACCUAAAGUUGAAACUAAUGCUUCAGUCAACCCAAUAAGUUCAUUUGGAGUGUCUAGUCUUUUGAGAGAGGAGUCCAUUACACAUCAAGAUUUGAGUACUUCUUCAAGUCAUGGAACCUUGCACCAGAAACCCUUGCUUUCUUCACAGGAAUCUUUUGUGAAUAAAGUGCUGCCAUUUUCUGGUGAUCUUUGCUUAGGCGAACCUUCAAAGUCAACUUCCCAAAUUCAUUCUUUUCCACACCAGCAACAGGCUGCCAGCCAUUUGCAAUACCCUCUUGGGGAUAGUAAAGCGGGCUCUCAGUCCCAGUUUCCAUCGGAUCUCCUGGACAGGAAAAGAUCAUCUAGUGAUCCUGAUUUUGGGGUCUCCAGAAUUUCUGCACACUAUAACCCUUAUGCAUCAACUUUUGAUCAGCCAUUGAGCUCCAAAUUUAGCUCUAGUGUUUUCAGUCGCGAUAAGGGUGCACUCUGUGGUAAUCAAUAUGAUACUUCCAGUUUAGGCAAGGUCACAGUUGAUGGUAAAGUAACUUCCUCACCAAGUUCUGUGAGAGUUAGUGGACAGAUUUUUCCUAGGGCUGGUGGUGACCAGUAUGAUCCACUUUUUGACAGUGUUGAGCCAUCACCUAAAGCUAAAAGAAAAGCUCGUCGAAGGUGGGAACCUGCAAUUGAUUCUGACCCCAUGGAAAAGCACAGUGGUUCCCAAAAGCCAUUGGAUUCAGAAGAGAACAACAAAAAUGAAAUUGCAGCUGUUGCUUCAACCUCAUCUGUGGAUGAUGAGUUUGGUGAGACGGCUGAUGCAGAGGUGGGUGCUUUUGAGGACGAGAGUCCUAGUGAUCCUGUUGGUGUGGCUACUGCAGGAGAGAUAGAGACUGAGAUGAAAACUUCAGGGAAGAAAACGAAGAAGGAUUCCAAAUCAUCAAAGCCUUUCAAGAUUGCCAUUGCUGACUUUGUGAAGGAUGUUCUGAAGCCUUCAUGGAGGCAGGGCAAUAUGAGCAAGGAGGCCUUCAAGACCAUUGUCAAGAAGACUGUUGAUAAGGUGUCUGGGGCCAUGAAGGGCCACCAGAUACCCAAGUCUCAGGCAAAGAUAGAUCAUUAUAUCAAUUCAUCACAGCGUAAAUUGACGAAACUUGUCAUGGGUUAUGUCGAUAAGUAUGUCAAAGUGUAAGACUAAUGAUCACAAUGAAUCCAGCGUGCAAUCUUUGAAGAUUUUGAACAAGUAUGUUGUUUCUUCAUCAUUAGAUAUCUUUUUCUAUGCUGGUGGAGCAUUAGAGAUUGAUUUGUAUCAUCUGAAAUUUUUUAAGUUGAUAACUUUGUCAAUAUUUUGUAAAGUUUUGUAUGUGCAACUAGGAGAUUUUUAGGUCUUGGGAAUGUACAAUGACAAAAUAGUUGUGUAGCAUUACCAACUCAGUAGGAUACCGUUUUUGAACAUGGGUAUCUGUUUUUUUUGUUCACCUUUGGGCAAGUCACUUUACUCUUGUAGUAAAUUGUAGCUGUCAAUUUGAAAUGACGUAGUUAUAGUUCCUUUCUUCGUA